GUUUCCGCAUCUUCGCCCAAUACCAUGGUGGCUCGAGGCGGUCUGUUUCUACAGCAGCCUGCCCAGACAUCCGACGCGGCUUCCCAGAGGUCCAGACCUCUUUCUGGGGACCAUUCCUGAUUUUGUCCACGUCGCGAGGAUGUCCAGGUGCGCUUCCGUCCGCAGUCCGGGAGGGCAGGCCUGCAUAUCGAUGGUGGCGGGGGCCCGCACGGCACUCUUGGUGCUCGGGGCGAUCGCCACGCUCGCCGCCGCGGACAGCGGCGCCUGCGGCUCCGACGAUGCCGGCUGCGCUGCCGAUGCCGCUGAGCUGAUGCCGGUGGAACUGCUGCAGUCCGAGCUGCACGUGGGCCGCGGCGUCCUGGCAGGGCACGGGCACGGGCACGAGGCGCAGCGCCCUGCUGCAGCCCACCACGUGGCGGCAGCGCCGAUGCCGCCGAGCGCCGACCACCCCACGUGGCGGCGGCGGCGCCAGACGAGGAGAGAGGCGCCCGGCGCGCGCGCGGCGGCGCCCCGCGGCGCAGGCCCCGCCGGCAGAGGCGGAUGCCGCGGCGGCGGCCGGUGGCGCCGCCAUCCUCGCAGAGGUGGCCUCGGAUUCGGGAACGACGUCGACGACGUACAACCCCACCGGCGUGACGGAGAAUGCGGCAGGCGACCUCACGGACUUCUGGGACAAUUUGAUUUCAUCGAAACGUCGCUUAUGUACAUCAUCUUGAUCGGGAUUAUUUUCGUGGGUUUCAGCAUUGCUCGCAGACGGUACCCGCUGGUAUACAGCAAGAACGUGACAAAAGGCUUUGCGCUGGGGGGCUCGCUUCCAGUUCCUCCUAACUCCUUCAGCGGUUGGGUGUCGACCUCGUAUUACGUCGAUUUGGAUAAGGUCAGCGACUCCGUGGGUCUGGAUCAAGCCAUGUUGCUCAGGUUCUGCGACUUGGGCAUGAACAUCAUGAAGUGGAUCGGCGUGCCCAUGAUUUGUAUCGGGGGCACUUGUAAUCUACUCUUUGGGGGAAAUGCGGCAGAUGGAGACAACAUGAGCUUAUUGUCUUUUGGCAACGUUGAGUAUGGGAGUUGGCUCUACUACCCCUACUCGGUUGUUGUCUGGAUGGUUUGUGUACUAGUUCACAAGAAGAUCUGCGCCGCGCAAGCAGACUUUUUACAUCUUCGCUUCAAGUGGCUUCGCGAGAUGGACAGGGUGCGGGCCAACACGAUCCUUGUGGACGGCAUCCCCGAGCAGUACCAGAGAGACGACCUGCUCUACGAUUUCUUUGACCGCAUGUUUCCUGGACAGAGCAUCCUGGACGCGCACUGUGUGAAGGACUCGGGGGAUCUGCUCACUCACUGGAAUCGCCGCAUCGAGCUCAGGCGUCUGCUCCGGGAGGCCGAGGCGAUAUGGGAGUUGAGCGGGAAGGACCCGGAGAAGCGUCCACAGCAUUCGACUAGCAGCGUCAGCAUCUACGGCACCAAAGUGGACAGCAUCGAUUCGUACCAGAAGGAGCUCGUCGAGAUCGAGGGGCAAAUCAAGGCCGAGCGCGAGAAGUUGGAGGAGGACAGCAAAACAGUUGGAGGUGUUAAUCUCUCGACGGGCUUCGUCACCUUCGCCGAGCGCAGCUGCGCGGAAGUUGCUCUGGCAGUGAAUGUCGACGAAGAUUUGAGCGAUUGGAUCAUCGAGAACCCGCCGUCGCCUGCUGACAUCCUGUGGGUCGAUUUGAAGCAGGAUCCUAAUGCGCGGUUCGGGCGCGAGCUCACCGGUUUCAUGCUCGUUGUAGGGCUCUACAUGGCCUACUUACCGAUCGUGGUCGUCAUUACGAAUCUUGCGGAACUCGUUGACAUGGGUUCGCUCGAUACUUUGUGGAGCGUAGUGGCUCCCACUAUGGGCCUUCAGGUCAUGGUUGCUUUCCUUCCCACGUUUCUCAUGAUCAUUUUUGAAAACUUCUUCACCCUCAAGGCGGGGGCAUGGGCGCAGCACAAGGUACAGACCUGGUACUUUUGGUUCAACGUGGUCUUCGUGAUCAUGAUCGCGGCGGUCGGCACCGACUUCUUCGAGUUCGCGGACGCCCUGCUCACAUCGCCCUUCUCGGUCUUCUCGUUGCUGGGCGACACGUUGCCGUACGCUACGCACUACUACUGCAACUAUAUUGUGUUGCAAUGGUUCGUGCAUUUCAUGAACCUCACGCGGUACGUCCAGUAUUCGAAGUUCAAGGGCUUCAGCGCCCUCUAUUCGGAGGAGGAGGCAGCCAAGAUGUGUGAGCCUGAGGACCAGCACUAUUACGGCAUAGGUUCCCGCUCCGCCCGCUUCACCACGAUGAUGUGCAUCGGCCUCGUCUACGGCACAAUGUCUCCACCCAUCAACCUUCUGACGUGGGUCAAUUUCUUUGUCUGCCGUGUUGUCUACGGGUACACGAUGGUCUUUGCCGAGACCAAGAAGACCGACCUCGGAGGCGUAUUUUGGGCAACGCAGCUCGCGCACAUCUACGUCGGACUGAUGAUAUACGUCGUGUGCAUGACGGGCGUGUUUUACUGCCGUGUCAGCCCCGAGACCGACGGUGACGAGACCGUAGGGUCCAUCACGGCGCCCGUGGUCAUCUCGGCCCUCGCUAUCCCCUACGUGAUCUGGGCAAGGCGCAAGUUCCUGGAGACGACCCAACCUACAACUGGGAGCGCCUGCCAUUCAGCGAGGUGUUCCAGAAGCAGGACGAGGCCUCGAAGAAGAGGCACGUCGGCGGGAACUACGUGCAGCCAGAGUGUCUCCCAGAUGACCUGGAGGGCGCGGACGUGUUCGGUUCCUUGGGCCUGGCGGCCCAGAAGGCCGCUCUCAUGUCCGGGCUGCAGGGCUCCACGGCCGCCUCGCAGGCCCUCGGCGGUUCGCUGCUGUCGGGCGGCCGCGGCGCGGCGGGCGCGCUGCUCGGGCGGGGCUCCGCCAGCACCAGGUGAUGCCCGUGCGCGCGGCCGCGCGGCGCCAGGGGCAUGCGAGGAGUUGUUCUUCCAGGGCAACGACCCCCAGAUCUCAGGUCCUGGCGGCGCAGCAAAGCUGGCGAUGGCCAGCUUGACAUUUGUGUUCGGCCUCUGGGCGCCGUUGCCUGCUCCCGAGGAGCCAUCAAACAACUAUAUACGCAGGGAGAGACCCCCAUGUCGAAGAUAAUCAGCUACUUAAGCAGUGGCUUUUUGAGGUCCGCGCACAUCUCUGGGGUCCUCGCUGGACCCCACCUUGCGGCGCCUCCGAAAGUUGGUUUGUGCGCCAGACGGCAGUUGACAGGUUUUCUGCCCCCUUGGCGGGGCCUGAUAAUAUCCGUACCCAUUUCUUCGCUGGUCUUUCGGACAUGGGUUCCACAAGUCGACAUUCCAACAUCGGUCAGAAGGCCGCCACCCGCAUUUUUGCCCAUGUCUGUCGCCACAAGAGGCAGUGUUCGCGGCCUGCGUGUUUUUGAGAGCUGCCUGUCCCUGUCAGGCCUCCUCGCAAGUGUGCCGCGUCGCCUGGUCAAAUUGCAGGCUCGUGCCCUCUCAUUAGGAGGAGGAAUGUUGAUGAUUAUUUGCCGCACGGCUGCCAGGGAGUGGACCGUUAUCGAGCGUGCACUGCAGCGCGUCCUGGAUGCGACUGCUCCUGCCGCUGUCCUUGCCUCGACCUGCCUGGCCGCGUUGGGGCACUGGGCAGAGUCUCUGCGGCGCGCAGGAGAUUGGCAGGGCGAGGAGGUCCGCCCUGUUAGGAGGUCGGGGGUCAGACGCCCUCCUGCCUGCCUGCCGAGAAGCCUUCGAAAUGUACCGCGUCUAAGGAGCCAACCGCCUUCCAAGAAGGCCACCACUCGCCCCGCCUCGCUGGCGCCGCCAACAGAGUUAACCCGCUUGGUUGUUUUUCUCGCAGCGAUGUCGCGUUCAUGGAGCA